CCCAGUUGGACUUUUGUCGACGACCACUCCAUCUCCACCACUCACACCACUAGUCGCCAUGCACGAGCCCCUCGGCGUCACGGACCGCGCGAACGCCUGCUCAGAGUUCAUCAAGGCGCUCCACGCGUGCCAUGACAAGUCCGCCUGGUCGCGCUUCACCGGCAUGUGUAAUGACGAGAAGGACGCGCUGAACCUGUGCUUGCGGAAGGAGCGCAUCGACCGCACAACACGCAACCGCGAGGCCGCCAAGGACCGGACGCGCAAAAAGGCCGAGGCGUGGGCCGCCCUCGACUCGGAGCUUAACGGCGACGAUCAGCAGCCCAAGCCCAAUGCUGCGUAGGCGUCGCACACGGCCAACUGUAUCUGUACUUUCCCCCACUCAUUGUCAUGCAUUGGUUGCAUUGGCGGGUGUGUGGGCUGGUGGAGUGAAGAGGCGAGGCGAGGAGGAGGUGCGGAGUUUGUCCGCGCCGCGGCGCAACUCGCGCUCGGUCCCUCGUACGACGGCGUCGAGGUCUGCGGAUAGAGGUGUGUCGAUGGUCGCUGGUUGCUCUGGGUCAAUUUAUCGUCGUCUACGGCCUCGGUCCGUCACCGCGCACUGUGACAUCCGUGACGCUGAUAAUUCUUCGUGCGAUAACAGCCCCUGCCACAUCCAUCCGUGGCAGUCAGUUUGCCCGGCGCCCACGCCCCCACACAUCGCCUCCACAUGAUGC